AUGGCGACUUCAAAGCUUCAAGCCUUUUGGAAUCACCCAGCCGGACCCAAAACCAUUCACUUCUGGGCCCCUACAUUUAAGUGGGGUAUCAGCAUUGCCAAUAUUGCUGAUUUUUCAAAACCACCUGAGAAGAUUUCAUAUCCUCAGCAAAUAGCUGUCAUGGCUACUGGAGUUAUCUGGUCGCGUUACAGCACUGUAAUCACUCCAAAAAAUUGGAACCUUUUUAGUGUAAAUGUUGCAAUGGCAGGAACCGGCAUAUACCAACUCUCACGCAAAUUGCGGCAAGAUUAUUUCCCAAAGGACGAGGCUGUAGCAAAAGAAUGA